CAAACAUCCAUCCUCCGACCGCCAUGAGGGAGAUCGUGUACAUCCAGUCCGGAAAUCUAGCCAAUUACGUUGGAUCACACUUCUGGAACACACAGGAAUGCUACCUGACGGACGAAGACGAGACCCCCUACGACCGACGUAUGUCCUUCAGGGAAUCCCUGGCAGACAGCGGUAAAGGCGCGAUCUGCUACAGCCCUAGGGCUCUCAUCUUUGACCACAAGUCCAACUUUGGGACAUUUGCCAAGUCGAACAUCCUGUCAUCCACGGAGAACGACCAGUCUCCCGAUACGGCAGCUGUGGCGUCACUCUGGAAAGGUGCCGUCGAUGAGCAGCAAAGCGACCCGAUCCCCAAGAGUGACUACCACGCAAAGCUCGAAAGAGACGAUGCAAAUCCAGACGCCGCGUCUCCGCGCGUUCAGAGCGGCGCCAGCGUGCGAUACUGGGCGGACUUCAGCCGUCUCUACUUCGGUGCCCAUUCAUUCCAAGCAGUCCCUGACAGCUAUACUAGCGGUCGAAGCGGAGACGGCGAUUGGGGUACAAGCAGAGAUACCUUUGCACGAUUCAACGAAGAAACAGACGUGACCGACACCGCCGUACGCGUCCUCUUCGAAGAAUGUGACAAUCCGCAGGGAUUCCAGAUGACAACGGACGUCUGCCGAUUCGGGGCAUUCGCCCAUGGGCUCGUGGAGACCUUGCGCGACGAGUACCCGAAGUUGCCCGUGCUGGAUUUUGCUUUACUCUCGAGCGCAGUUCCUGCGGAUGUCGACGUGGACGAUACCGCGGGUACGCGCAGAGCGAUCAACGAUGCGUUGUACUUGCGCGAGAUGGGUGAGGUAGCCUCAGGGAUAGUUCCCAUUCAAAAUCCGGCCGCAUGGAAGGGCUGGGCGAGCCCCGGUGUCUCCGCCGAUCUGAGCUUGGUUUACCAUUCAUCCGCCAUCGUCUCCGCUCAUGUCGAGAGCAUCACCCUUCCCAUGCGACAGCGCAACUUGAAUUCAGACCUCUCGUCGUUGAUCGCCAGCCUCAGUUGGCGUGGCCAUACGACUUUCGCUCAGCUCGGUGGGAUUCUCCCUGCAACAGGUGCCGAGGAUUGGGCGAAGGCCACAUACAACUUCCCCUUGGGGGGACGGUCGGAUAGAAAAAAGGCCGAUACCUACUCCCGAGUUGAUGUCCUCCGAGGCUUCAAUGACGCUUCGCUUGCCAAGUAUGAAGACUGGUCUUCGCGGUUCACAUCCGCUCAAUCGGUGGUCAAUAGGUACCAAGCUGCCGGGUACCCUUUGCCAUCAUCCUUCCCUCCGAUCUUCGAUGCCCGACUCCUCGAGAACCCCGCGGUUGACGACAUUCACUCAGUCUCUGUCACGUCCUGCCUAUCUUUCCUCACCACAUCCAGCGCGAUGGCGGGGCUCUUCUCUAAAUACGCAACUUUCCUGGAACGAUUGCGAAGACGACCGACCGUUGCAAGCUCUAUCGAUUUUUUGGAGGCUGACGACUGGCGCGAGCUUACGAACGAUUUUUGGACGAUGCACGACAACUAUGACAACGGGGCCUCUGACGGGGAAAUCGACGAGCUAGGCGAAGACGAAGGAUAGCAAAACAGAAACGAGGGUCACCCGAAAUUACAAGCUUACAGCCUGUCUCUCUUUGGUCAAUUAUGCACGCUGAUGUUAUCUCUCGCGCAUGCAACUCCGAUUGAUAGUCCUGUCCAAUUUUACCGGCCUUCGCGGGAUGGAGCUUUGCUGCGAGGCACUCCGCGUUUCCAUGACGUGAAAGCCACAGGGCGCUCGUCAAGCCUGCCGUGGACCUGGUGGGGAUCGCUGCGCAGCGUCACUGUCAGUCCAUGUCAUUGUCAAGGUUCCUGGUCCUCACCAACACCAUGCGCCCUCACUGUGCUCUAUGGCAGCCAAGCAAAUUCGCCAUGCUGGUGCAAACAGAAUCCGACCGGGCAUGUUGAAGACUUCGGCGUAACUUGUCCACAUAUUUGCCCCAUUUUCCGGGAAUAUGCCUGCAAUACAGCCCUAGACAACGCGAGUUCAGGUGUAAUUUGAAAG